AGGAGGGGAGCUUGGCGCGUACUUCCUGCCGCGCCAGGGGGCCGGAGCCCGCCGCCCGCCCUGCAGCACCCGUGGUGUUAAUGCCUUGGAGCUGCCAGGCUCUGCAGACGGAAAUUCAAUUCUUCCCUUGCCGGACGUUCGUCUUAAAAUGGACAAAUACAUCGCCUUCAGGAGAAUUCCUGUGUACCUGACCUGCAGAGCGCAUUUUUGCUUCGAGUCCUGUUUGACGUUCCUUAUCUCUCAGUUCUGAUAACCCUGCUGGGCAUCGUAUUUAAACAGGACUGAUAAUUUGUCUUCUCUGUGGGUGGCCGAAAAUACUUUUUUUUUCUUUUAGGUGUUGUUAAUUAGGCUUCAUUUAGCAUAUUAAAAUGGCUGUACCCAAAGACGCCAUCCCUUCCCUGUCGGAUUGCCAAUGCCAGAUCUGUGUGGAAAUCCUAAUCGAGCCCGUAACUUUCCCUUGUAACCAUACACUCUGUAAACCAUGCUUCCAGUCGACUGUCGAAAAGGCAAGUUUAUGCUGUCCCUUUUGUCGCCGCCGAGUCUCUUCGUGGACUCGGUACCACACCCGAAAAAAUUCUCUUGUCAAUAUGGAACUCUGGGAAAUCAUUCAAAAACACUAUCCAAAGGAGUGCAAGCUUAGAACCUCUGGGCAACAAUCGGAGGAAAUCGUUGAUGACUGUCAGCCAAUUCAUCUAUUAAGUCAGCCUGGGGAAUUGAGACGAGAAUAUGAAGAGGAGAUAAGCAAGGUGGAAGCAGAGCGUCGAGCCACUAAAGAAGAAGAAAACAAAGCCAGUGAAGAAUAUAUACAGCGAUUAUUGGCAGAGGAGGAAGAAGAGGAAAAAAGACAGGCAGAAAAAAGGAAAAGAGAGAUGGAAGAGCAACUGAAAAGUGAUGAAGAACUGGCAAGAAAGCUAAGCAUUAAAAUCAACAGUUCCAAUGAGGAAAGUAUCUUGGCUUCUCCCUUGAGUUCCAGAAAAUCUGAUCCAGUCACAAUCAAGGCACAAAAGAAAAGUAAGAACAAACCAACAAACACCGGAGAUAUUCAGAAGUAUUUGUCGCCUAAAUCGCAUUUUGGAUCAGCAUCGCAGUCAGAAGUUGUACAAGAAGUUAAGAAAAUGUCACUAUCUAAGGAAAUUGAGGGUAAUGAUCUGAAGAGUCUUACAUGGCAAGACAUAGAAAGUGAAGAAGAUAUGCCAAUACUGUCUCCUCAAGUAUGCCUUGAAAUUCAAGAGCAAGAUGCAAAGUCUUCGAUAGAGUCACCCAUGCCAUGGUUAUGUGCAGAUGGUGCAGAAAGGUGCCUUGAAGGAAAAGUCGAAACAAGACCAAACAAUCAUGAUGAAGAGUUAUGUGCCAUAAAUCAUGAGGAGCCUAAAACCAGCGUUGCCUACUCUAGAGAAGCUGCAGUUACGCCUUGUGACAAAACAGAGAGUGGGUGCACUGUAUCAGGUAUGACACCAAUAACUGGAAACAACGCAGUCGAGACAGAAAAUGAAGAGUCUUGCCUACUGAUCAGUGAAGAUAUUUCCAAAAGAAAAAACCAUGGACCUUCAUUUGAAGCAAGCAAAGAUCCAUGCUUUUCUGUAAAAAGAAGGAAAAUGUCCCCCAAAUCUUCCUCAGAUGAAGAGGACACAGAUAUAAGCUUUACCCAAAAACUGAUAGAUUUGGAGCAUCUACUUUUUGAGAGACAUAAACAAGAAGAACAGGAUAGGAUAUUGGCAUUACAACUUCAGAAGGAAGUAAAUAAAGAACAAAUGAUGCCAAACCGGCAGAAAGGGUCCCCAGAUGAGUAUCAGUUACGUGCUACACCCUCACCUGUAGACAAAACACUAAAUGGACAGAGGAAGAACUCCAGAGAUAGGAACUUCAAAAGGCAAACUGAUAGUGAGCAUUCAAAACCUCGGAGAGGCUCAAGAGAUGAAAAUUGGAAACCUGCUUCUAAGACCCAGGUGAAGCGUUCAGUUAAUGGAAGAAAGACACCACAUUCUGCUAGAGAUAAUUGUAAUGUAUCUAAAAAUGCGCAUUCCCUACAACCUAGUAAUUCACAGAAAAGUAUUUUUCAAAUGUUUCAGAGAUAUACAAAGUAAUGCAUGAGUAAAGGGAGGUUUUUUUUUUGGUGAUCUAGUAGAUCUUGAUUGUAAAGAAGUUCUGUUUUCUAUCAUCAUAGAAUCUUUAUAGAUUUGUCAUUAAUUCUGCUCUGUGGGCACAACCAUUGUCUUUAAAGGACUGUGUGAUUAUAAGGGAAGAAUAUAUAAUGUGUUUCUACAAAACUCAGUGAUAAGCAAGGAUCCCUAUCCUUUCCAUCAUUAAGAACUGCUGUCCUAGGUUUGAGAGUCCUUAUGGAUAUAAAAAUGCUUUGGCCAAAUACUAAGAAACUUUAAGUGCCACUCCCUUUCCCCAAAGCAGCAUGUUUUACGGCUUUUGCUCCCCUUUUUGUCACUAGUACUAUCAGAAUGAGAUCCAUACUAUGCCAGCUAGUUAAGGAACCCAUGCAGGGUUUAAAGUAUUAAGAUUUAAGCAUUUCCUUUUAUUUAAAAUGAAGUUAUGAACAAUGUUAAAUCAGGAAAAUCAGAAGUUUUUAAAACAACUGGAAAUUAGUUGACAGAAAGGAAACUAGACUUUCUAUGUAAAAUGAGUUAAGAGUUGGAAUGAAGCUAAGUGGGGAGAAUCGACAGUUUGGUAGCCUUGGAACUGAAUGGGUAAUCAGAAAUGGUACAUUUGGGGUAGCACGCCCGGCUUGGCAGGGCCUUUCCUUCGUCCAUUCUUUGUGAUGUGACACACAAAACACUGGGGUUUUACAGCUUUUACACCAUCAUGUUGGUGUCAAAAACCAAAAUUAGUUACUAAACUACCUGAAUUUUUUGAGAUUCACGUAUCUGUUAACUUGCUGUUCCAGGAAAAAGAAAAAAAAAUCAGCAUUUACUAUAGGAGAGUUACAUCACGGUAUCUUACAUUGCGGAACCUGAAACAUAACCAUGUGUUUAUUUCCUUAUACUAUCUUUUGUAUUGAUAAUGACUUAUAUGUGUUCAUGGGCAGAAAUAGCAAUGAUACUUGAGUUUUGUCCUGUCUUAGUCUUGGAUGUUAAAUCAGAAAGCAGUGAUUUAAUUUUGUGAAAUAUGACAUAACUAUUGGUCUUUCGUUUAAAUAUAAACAACUUUUGGCAAACUGAUAACACUUUUAACAGCGUAUCUACUCAUGUCUAGUCAUCCAUCCUUGUAACUUAAAAAUAAGAUAAAAUAUCCUAAAGUUAAUUCUAGUGUAAAUUGGUGAGUAUAUUUAUACCAUUAAAAACUUCAAAUUGAAAUUC